AUGGAGAGGCAACUGGCCUUUCAACGACUGAAGCAGCCAUGCAUCCAACUCUUACAGGUCACUGCGACUCUUGCCCAGAGGCCCACUGCACGAAAGGAGUUGGUUCAGGCGCUCACACAUCUUCUCGGCACACUUCGCGACAUCACCGCCAAGCCAGGCUCAGUAGAUGCCAAGCUUGCUGAAUAUGCUUUUGUUCCUGUAUCGCAGGUUCUCCGCGUCUCUCGACAAGUUCCGGUUCGCGCCCUAGAGCUCUGUCUCGAAUGUAUCUCAACUCUCCUCCGCACGGGCUGGGGCGGAGGUCUUGAGCCUGCUUUGUCUGGGCAACUUCUCAUUCUUUUCACAUUUUUAGCCAAGCCCUCUUCCGCAGAAAAUGGAAUCGCUGCGACCUCAGAAGAACUUCAGGCUAUGUCAUUUCAAUGCAUGGCCGAACUGCUAAGUGAAACGUCUCGCACCAGCCAAGGGAAACAAGCCAUCACAGACACGGUUAACGUACCAGCACUGGGGGAGGCUGUACUCACAAUGCUCGACAGUCUGACCGAGAGUCAUUCCAACAGUGUCAAAUUCAAAUCCGUGACGGCUUUGAUGGCGCUGAACGAUGCCAUUGUCGACGAUGACGCUCUCGCUAGCUUUCUUCCCAAGAUGGUGUCUUCCCUGACCAAAGUAUUGACUCCAAGCAGUAGUAGUCGGGCAGGUUUUCGAGUCAUAGAGCUCAGUCUACAUAUGAUGGCUUCUUUGUUGUCACGGCUUCUUAGCGAUCGAAAAACGAAGGACUUGCCCAACGAGGCUCCGGCACAAGAUUCUGAUCAAGGCAUCAAUAUGUCGCGGUCAUCGGCGUGGCUACAAGCUACGGCUGCCCAAAUCAAGAUUGCCAUGGCUAACGUCUUCAAGCUGCGGAACCACGACAAGUCAGAGGUUCGAAGGGCACUUCUAGCGUUAUGUCUCUGUGUCAUACAGGAGUGCCGGACGUCACUGUCUAUAUGUACCGGUAUGGCCGUCGAAACUGUCAUCAGUCUCGCUGGCCGGGAUGGCUCGCAAGACACAGUCGAAAAAGAUUUGAAGGCAUUGCUCGCUUCAGAUCAAAAGCUCUCUGACCUCUUGCGUGAAAGCCUUCAUGGUUGGGUUGUCUCUCUCCCUCGAGUCAUGCAGUCAAAAGAUGAUCACGGCCGACGACACAUCAUCCACCAGAUCUCAGUCACAAUACGAUUAUUUGAACAGAAUCAGGCGAUCAUUGACGAUAGACUGGCCGAUAGUCUUCGCGAUGGUAUAUCUAUCAUAUUCACAGACUCCAGAGGCGUGGAGGAUGUCACCCAGUCAAAGUCAGAUGCCAUUACCGAGAAAAGCUUGGUGCUGACUCCUGCAAAAAGUUCAUCUUUUCCAUCACUGAAAUUACGCCUUAAAGGUCAGGAAGACAUGAUGGCUGAGUUUAAGCUGCUGGUGCACGAGCUCGCGGGAUCAGACUCGGCCUUGACGGUUGUGCAAAGUCUAGUUGGGACGCUCGACAUUGGGUCUCAAGAGAUGCAAUUGGGCAGCUUCUGGAUCUCAGUCAAUCUUCUCCAAGACUUAACAACCACAAAUCUAUCUUUUGAUGACUUUAUCGAUAUGGGAACACCUAGCUUACGAGAAGAGCUUCUAGACGAUCUUUACGCUCAUUCAGUAACCAUACUCAACCAGCGGGACACUGAGACAAACUUGCCCUGGCAUUUCUAUGCGCUAGCUCUUGAGACUGUCGCCCUGCAGGCACGGCGAUACAAAGCCGAAUUUCGGGCUGAGCUGAGUGAGAUUCUAUAUCCAGUACUCCACUAUCUCGGCAGCUCAAACAUAGCACUUCGGGAUCAUGCACUCACAUGUUUGAACAUCCUAUCAGAAGCAUCCGGAUACUCCAGUGCCAGCGAGCUUGUGAUCGAAAACGUUGAUUAUAUAGUCAAUGCAGUAGGCUUGAAACUCGCCAUGGGAGAUGUCUCACCCCAGGCCCCUCAGGUAUUAUUGAUGAUGAUGAGACUAUGCGGUCCGUCUUUGUUGCCGUAUUUGGACGACGUCGUUGGUAGUAUCUUCGAUGCGCUGGAAAGGUAUCAUGGGUACCCGAAGCUUGCAGAACUCCUGUUUUCUGUCUUGAAGGGAAUGACAGAGGAAGGUGUCAAAGCACCACAGCUUGCUAUUGCUGCAGGCGACAAAGUCAACCAGAAUCGAUUCAACCAGAAUGGGGUCACCAUAGCAGAUGUUGUCGAAACACUCAAGAAAAUGGAUGUUGAGACUCGCAGGAGAGAGAGAGAAGAUGAAGAACAAUCCAAAACUCCCUUCCCUGAGCAGCCUUGGAAAGAAACUUUCUCAAUAGAUUCCGAAGAGAACCACGACCACGACCCAACCGAUGAGGCAGAGCAACCCACCGAUACACCAGAACUCCCUCCCCCUGCUCCACGAACGUUCGAAAUUUUGCUCACAAUUUCGAAACUCACACAACAUUAUCUCACGUCAACUUCAUCAAGUCUGCGAAAUUCUCUCCUCUCUCUUCUCAGGACUACGAUUCCUGCACUGGCAAAACAUGAAAACUCCUUCUUGCCGCUCAUCAACACACUUUGGCCAGUUCUACUCCCACGUUUGCAAGACGAAGAAGCGUACAUCGUGUCCAACGCACUGGAGAUUGUCGCCUUGAUGUGCGAGCACGCUGGCGACUUCAUGAGAAGUCGUAUUGAUGACGCCUGGGAUAUUUUGACGAAAGUGCAUCGUCGCACCAAACAACGAACGGACAAUCGCAUCAGCAGUGGCAAACUGAUAUCCACAUCUACGAACCUCUCUCGUGUGGAGACUGGCAUGAGCGCAUUAUCCAUGGACCCAAUCUCCAGAUCCGAUUCCUUUCGACCAGAAAUGUACGUCGAUGCGCCCACACGCAUGAUCUGGAACAGUCUUGUGGGUCUGCUGUGCGCAAUCGCCCAACACGUGGUGGUCCGGGAUGAGCGAUUCGACGAGAUACUGAACGUAUUAGAUCCAGUACUAGACAGAAUCGAUGUGCGCCAGGCGCUAGAGUACAGCAACGCAGAUGCAGUUUGGCUACGUCUGUACAAGAAGAGCAAGCAGAACUUCCCUCAAACAUCCACCAAGUCUAUCAAUUUGGCCGAAACAUCACCAUCUGUCGGCAAAUUACCUGUUGGCAGACCCCAUUGGGACUUCGUGCGACUUUGA